AUGUCGCGAACCAUCUGCUAUUUCGAUAUUACGAUUGGCGCUCAGCCAGCCGGUCGGAUCACCUUUGAGCUGUACGACGAGCUCCUUCCCAAGACCACGGAGAACUUCAAGCAGCUUUGUAUCGGAGACAAGGUCAAUGCGAGCGGGGUCAAGCUGGCUUAUGCCGGCUCGGGGUUUCACCGGUGUAUAAAGGGAUUCAUGCUCCAGGGUGGAGAUUUUACGAAGGGCGAUGGAACGGGCGGAGAAUCAAUCUACGGCGAGAAGUUCGAAGAUGAAGGCUUUCCCGUAAAACACACCAAGCCCAUGUUACUCUCCAUGGCCAACGCCGGGCCCAACACCAACGGCUCUCAAUUCUUCAUCACCACGGUCCCCACUGACCACCUGGACGGGAAGCACGUCGUGUUUGGUCAAGUCCGCUCCAACCGCGGUCUCGUGCGCCGUAUCGAGGCGCUCCCGACGGAUAAUGAUAAGCCUAGGGAGGCGGUCACGAUUGCCGCUGCGGGCGUGCUGUCGGAGGAGGAUGUCAAGAAGGAGGAGGAAGCCAACAAGAUGGCAAUGGCGAAUGUUGAUGGGGAGGAUCUUUAUGAGGAUUACCCGGUCGAUGAGGAGCGUAUUGACGCUGAGAAGCCUGAAGAGGCUCUGCAGGUCGCUACCAAACUCAAGGAGAUUGGUACCAGAGAGUUCAAAGCCGGCCAAUACGCCCUCGCGCUGGACAAAUACCAAAAAGCCCUCCGAUACCUUGACACCCACCCUGUCCUUCCUGAUGACGCCCCCGCCCCCCUCGUCGCGUCCUACCGCAACACCCGCUUCCCACUCCUGACCAACGCCUCCCUCUCCGCGCUCAAGUGCAACCCGCCCGCUGGCUCGCUGGCGGUCUCGCUCGCGACGCGCGCGCUGAGCGUGCCGGACCUGACCAAGGAGGAACGGGGCAAGGCGCUGUAUCGCCGCGCACUGGGCAAGGUGCAGGUGAAGGACGACGAGGCGGCCGAGAAGGAUUUGAGGGAGGCGAGUGGGCUUGUCCCCGGUGAUGCAGGGGUGCAGCGGGCUUUGAAGGAGGUGGAAGUGAGGCGGAAGGAGAGGAAGGAGAGGGAGAAGAAGGCGUACGCCAAGAUGUUUGGAUAG